GGUUUUCGAAAACAUCAUUGUUGCAAAAUACAGCUAGUUCUGCUGCAGUCCGGUCAACAUUAGCAUUUGCUGCAAAGUUUGAGGGCGCAGUUAGAGCUGGUUCAUUUCUUUGGUAAUGGAGGAAGCUAAUAGAAAAAUGAGUCAUGAUGGAUGGAUCCAACAGGAGAAGACAUGAUGCAUCUCGGAGUGGAAGAAGAAGAAGAAGAAGACGAAGAACAGCACCUUCACCUCCUUACUACUGUUAAAGAUGAGCCAGCCGACAGCUCCGACGACCACGACCAGCAGCUUCCGGUGCCGAUUCUUGGGCUCAAGGAGAUCGGACCGCCGCCGUUUCUCAAGAAGACCUUUGAGCUAGUGGAAGAUCCUGCUACCGAUUCCGUCAUUUCCUGGUCUCCUUCCCAGACCAGUUUCGUCGUCUGGGAUCCCCACAAGCUCGCCGCCGAUUUGCUGCCGAAGCACUUCAAGCACAACAAUUUCUCCAGCUUCAUUCGUCAGCUCAACACAUAUCGGUUCCGGAAGAUCGAUCCGGACAGAUGGGAAUUCGCGAACGAAGGGUUUCAGAAGGGGAAAAAGCAUUUACUGAUGCAAAUCAAGAGGAGGAAGAAGGAUCCUCGUCCAAUGCGGAAGCAGCAGCAGCAAUCAUGGCUGAAUUCGAGCAACCAUGGAGUUAUUGGAGCGGAGGCGGAGCUCCACAAACUCAGAGCCGAUCAAUACACACUACAAUCGGAAGUUUUCCGGCUGAGGCAGCAGCAACAGAUCGCCGAUAACUACCUCACCUCCCUCAAAGAGCGCCUUCGCAUCACCGAAUCGAAGCACAAACACUUGACGCUGUUCCUGAUUAAGGCCAUGAACAACCCUGCCUUGCUGCAGUACUUGGUCGAGAAGAUGAAGAGAAGAACCGCAGCUACUGAUGGAGAGAUCUCGAAGAAGAGAAGAUUGACAGUUCCCGACACCACCGCCGCCGCCGAUCUCAGCUCAAUCGACAACAAUGAUGAGAAGAAGCUACGGGUGCAGGAAGAAUUUACGACGGUCCAAUCGGAAAUUCAGACGCUCUUCUCCUCCGACGAGUCCGGGAGCAUUGCUUCCGGCGAACAUGGCGAUAAGGCCGAUGCUAAAUCCAGCGGCUGGGACGCCGCCGGCUCCGAUAGCUUCCUUCUGUGGGAGAAAUUGAUGGAAGACGACAUGAUUUACGAGGAGGAAGCAACUGUAGCAGAAGCUGAGUCAGGAUCAGUGGCGAAGCAGCAAUUGGACUUUGUUUUCGAAUUGGAGAACCUAAUCUCGAAGCCGGUGGAGUGCGGUAUGCAGAUGAUGAGAGGCGCGGCGGAGGCGGUCGGCUGUCCGGCGGCGUUCAUAGCGUAACUUGGAGAUCGACCGCCAUUUCUGCUGCUGCUGUUUUUUCUUUUUUAAACCUCUUCCUUUUCCUUUGCUGUAAAUAAUUAAAUGAUUUUACUUUUGUGUUGCGUGUAAAUAAGUGUUAAAAAAAAAAAAAAAGAAAUAGUGUUUGGUAUUAUUAAGAUUGUGAAAUUGCUUCA